AUGUUUAAGAAAUUUAAUGGUAAAGACGACGUGAAGGGUACUACCCCAGUCAAGUCCUCAGUCCAAAGAGCAAUUAAAUCCAAACUUGUGGAGACAUAUCCCAAAUUGGAGUCUGUUAUUAAUGAUUUGUUUCCCAAAAAAUCACAAUUGCUUCAAGUAAAAUGUGAGGACCGUAUCACCUUGUACUGCAUGAAUGGUGAAGUACUGUUAUUUGAACAUUACAAUGGCCCUAUUAUUCCUUCCUUGAGACUCGUCCAUAAGUGCCCUGACGCUUUUCCUCAAGUUUGUGUUGACCGUGGAGCAAUUAAAUUUGUGCUUUCCGGAGCAAACAUCAUGAUUCCUGGUUUAACCUCUGCUACGGGUGACCUCCCCGAUGAUAUUCCCAAGGACGUCUUUGUCGUUGUAAUGGCUGAAGGAAAAGAGGCCGCUACCGCUAUUGGUUACACGAAAAUGAGUGCUCAAGAAAUGAAGAAGGUUGGAAAGGGCAUUGGUAUUGAAAAUGUUCACUAUUUGGGUGACAACUUGGUAUGUCUUCUCUAA